GACAACUCUUGUACUUCCUUUUCCGCCUCGAACGUGAAAAUGGCAGUAGGAAAAAAUAAGAGGCUUACUAAAGGGGGCAAGAAAAGCUCCAAAAAGAAGAUUGUUGACCCUUUUACAAAGAAAGACUGGUACGAUGUCAAGGCACCAAGUAUGUUUGUUGUCCGCCAAAUUGGGAAAACUUUGGUCACUAGGACACAGGGAACAAGGAUUGCUUCUGAUGGCUUAAAGGGGCGUGUGUUUGAAAUCUCUCUGGCUGAUCUUCAGAAUGAUGAAGUAUCAUUCAGAAAGUUCAAACUAAUGGCUGAGGAAGUUCAAGGCCGUAAUGUCCUGACCAAUUUCCAUGGCAUGGAUCUGACCAGGGACAAGCUGUGCUCCAUGGUGAAGAAAUGGCAGACCCUGAUCCAGGCUCACGUGGAUGUCAAGACUACAGAUGGUUACCUUCUCAGAAUGUUCUGUAUUGGAUUCACAAAGAAGAAGCAGUUCCAAGUCAAGAAAACUUGCUAUGCCCAACACACACAGGUGAAGACCAUCAGGAAGAAGAUGGUUGACAUCAUUACAAAGGAAGUGACGUCCAAUGACAUGAAGGAAGUCGUCAACAAACUUAUUCCCGACAGCAUUGGAAAGGACAUUGAAAAAGCCUGCCAAGGAAUUUAUCCCCUUCACGACGUUUUCAUUCGUAAAGUUAAAGUGCUGAAGAAACCUAAAUUUGACAUCGGUAAACUGAUGGAGUUACACGGAGAGGGCGGAAGUAAAACCGUCAUCACCGACUCCGGCGAGACCGUGGCGCGGCCUGAGGGAUAUGAACCUCCCGUCUUACAAUCUGUGUAAACUGCCAUGGUGAAAAAAAAACUGUAAUAAAAAAUGUACAGAAAUAA